GGCAUGAGUUUUAGCGCGAAAAGCGGCGCUUCGCUGAGCUCCCGGGCAGCGCGGUGGUGGUGGCGACUGCAGCCGUCCUGCGCCGCGGCAGCUCCUGCCGGGUCCUUCGGUGGCAGCUGGUCGCGGCCCAUCCUGGACAUGUCCUACUCCCGUCAGUUUCUGGAUUUCCAGGGCUCGUCCAUCCCCAGCUCCAUGAAGAAGCUGGUGGUGACUAAGCUGAGCCAAAACUUCAGGGAAGCGGUCACCCUGCAGCAGGACUCGCCCGUGCCACUCCCGGGAGACGGAGACCUCCUGGUCAGGAACAGAUUUGUCGGCAUCAAUGCAUCUGAUAUAAACUACUCAGCUGGUCGGUAUGACGCCUCAGUUAAACCCCCCUUUGAUAUAGGCUUUGAAGGUGUGGGUGAAGUGGUAGCGUUAGGACUCAGCGCUAGUGCAGAUUACACGGUGGGUCAAGCUGUGGCCUACGUGAAAGCAGGUUCCUUUGCUGAAUACACAGUUGUGCCGGCCAGACAAGCAGUCCCUCUACCCUCAGUGAAACCCGAGUUUCUCACUUUAAUGGUAAGUGGCGCGACUGCAUACCUCAGUUUGAAAGAGCUGGGAGACCUGUCUGAAGGCAAGAAGGUUCUGGUGACAGCAGCAGCUGGAGGAACAGGCCAGUUCGCUGUGCAGCUUGCAAAGAAGGCAAAAUGCCAUGUAAUUGGAACCUGCUCCAGUGAUGAAAAGGGUGGCUUUCUGAAAUCCAUUGGCUGUGACCGUACCAUCAACUAUAAAACUGAAAAUGUCGAAUCUGUGCUUAGGCAGGACUACCCCGAAGGUGUGGAUGUGGUGUAUGAAUCUGUUGGAGGAAAGAUGUUUGACUUGGCUCUCAAUGCCUUGGCUAUCAAAGGGCGCUUGAUAGUUAUUGGGUUUAUCACUGGCUACCAAAACCCCACUGGCCUCCAGCCCAUUAAAGCAGAGUUUUUGCCAGCAAAACUAUUGAAGAAGUCUGCUAGCGUCCGGGGUUUCUUCUUGAACCAUUACCUUUCUGACUACAAAAUGGCUCUGCAGCAUUUGCUCAAGAUGUAUGAAAGAGGAGACCUGGUUUGUGAGGUGGACUUUGGAGACAUGUCUCCUGAGGGCAAGUUCACUGGCUUGGAAUCUGUAUUCCGUGCUGUAGAUUACAUGUACAUGGGAAAAAACAUUGGAAAAAUUGUCGUUGAAUUACCUCACUCUGUCAACAGUAAGCUGUAAAAACAGAACAAUGAUAUAAAUCAGAAGAGAGAAAAUGGGUACUUUAUGCCUCAGAUUUACUAGAAACAAUUUCUUUUUUUAAGCUUAGUAAUGGAUAUUAUAUUAAAAAACAGCAUUGAAGUGUUAAUAAAAAAGGAUGGGUUUGUUUCAAUUGUUUAGUUUUAUUUUCUUAAAAGUGUUUAAAUCAGUGGCUGUAGCAGGGACAUAAUGGGCCUGUGUUUGAUAUUGUCACUUAGGUUAGCAUGAGACAAGAACAUUGUUCUUGACAGAAUAAGUCUUGAUGCAGAGGCAGAUUUAGUCUGUCAGCCUGAUUUGAUAAGACUUCAUCUGUAGUUCAGCUCAGAAAAAAAAUCUUUCAGCAAUUUUGAUUCCCUGAUUUAAAAAUAAAAUUGUUAGAACAAGAAUAAGUAAAGAGUUGUAUCUUUGGGUUGCUCUAUUAAUCUUUUGAAGUUUCUGCGAAAAAAAUGCUCUUGAUUUUCUGUCACAAACAUGAUAAUCAUAAUUCAGUUGGAUCAUGGAUCAUCGUAAUAUUCCUUGACUGGUUACACAGGGAAAUUUAUCCUCCAAUUCUGACAUGUCAGUAAUAUUAAGCAACUUGACUUUUUUUUUUUUCCUAAUCCUGUCUUUCAUAACUAUAAACAACUGCACAAUUUUCUUUUAAAUCUUUAACUACAAGUUGCAGUAUAGUCUCAUUUUGUUGCCUUUUCAUUUUCCACUGUUACUGUUUAUUGUCCAGUCUCCCCUUUAGUCAGUAUUUAAAGAUUAUUGGAAUGGGAUUUUGAGACACGUUCAUGUAUGUUCAUGCCCUGUAUAUUUUUGGAAGAUUAAAUAAAGUUUUAAAAGCUGUUUAAA